AACAGUCAAGGCUGUUCUCAUCUACAUUUGGUGUUCGUAUACUUCAUGAUGGCGUGUUUGGUUAGAUUUCUGACGUGCUUGCUCUUUUGCAUCUUCAAGGUGGUGUCAACUGCAUCUGUUCCCAGUGCAACUGAGAUGAAGACAUCUUUGCAGGACACGCAGGAGAUGGCGGAGAACCUGACACAGCGCAUGGAUGCAAUGUCUGCCAUGUUCAGUGAAAACGUGAGACUGAUGAACAGCGCUGAGAUCCGGUUGCGUCACACCAUGGAUGUGGACGGAGGACUCGUGGACACCCAGACUAAGCUUGAACGUCGUGGUGGUGCCGUCUACACACGAUGGGGGCAUGACACGUGUCCGGGGGGAUCCUAUCUCGCUUACAGUGGUUUCACGGUUGGGGGGCAUCAUUCCCAUGCUGGAGCGGGUUCUAAUAUCCUCUGCACUCACCCCGAGCCUCAGUUUGAAAAAACCUUCGCCAGAAACACGAGUUCAUACAACUUCUUGUACGGAGCAGAGUAUGAACAGAUCUGGAGAUCAGAUCUCGCAGACCAGGACCCCCCAUGCGCUGUGUGCAGAAGUGCCACUCGAACGUCUGCCAUCUUGGUUCCUGGAAGACACGAGUGUAUGGAAGGUUGGAACACAGAGUACUGGGGAUUCCUUGUUGGUCCAAAACACGAUGAUGCUGGGAAUUCUGAGUAUAUUUGCCUUGAUUCAGACCCAAAGUCAAUUGAAGGGGGGUACGCGAGCCAUGACGGACGUUUGUUGUUCAAUGUCGAGUACCAGUGUGGAUCCCUGCCGUGUCCCCCAUACAAAAACACGUACUUCGUCCCCUGCGCUCUCUGCACUAAGUGAAAGCAAAUUCUUUCGAUAUUUUCAUUUUAUUUGAUAGUCGUAAAAUGGAAACAGCUGUAAUGUGUAUACUCCGUUGUUAUAAAAUCAUGUGUAUUUCCUAUGUGGCGAGUCAUUUUUGAAUUGUGAUAUCAAAAGUGAUACAUGAUGCUCUCUUCGUGAAAACGCGCUGCUGAAAAACCUUUAUAUCACCAAUAUGUGUUUUGUUUCGUAAUUCUUGCAACGACACAAUGUGAGCUGGGUAAGUGACACUGAAAAGAAGCCUUACAUAAUAUAUAUAAUCCACCAUUUAACACACAGUAACAGGUCAAUCAUUUGUAUCUAAUUCAAAAAUGCAAAAUAAAAUGUAACAAUUUA